CGUUCAAGUAAACUACACACAUACACCCGUCCAUAUACAUCACCGCCACCCGUACAGCAGGAGUUCUUAUACAGAUAUUGUUGUGAAAAUGAACCAUAUCCUUACUGUGAGUCUUAUUAUAUGUAUUGGUUGUAAAAGUAUUGAUGCUCGGCCAAGGCAAAAUGAAAAAGAUUCCUGUUCAUUUGGUGAUCUUGGUUAUUCAAGUGGUGAAUCGUGGCAUCCAUACUUACAGCCAAUAGGAUAUCUUUAUUGCAUCACAUGUACAUGCAGAGAGGGUUUGGUGAACUGUAUGAAUAUUAAGUGUCCUGCGUUGUCAUGUCCAAACCCAGUGUCUGUACCAGGUCAAUGUUGCAAGCAGUGCAGUGAAGAUCUUGGCAGAGUGUCUUUAUCAGAAACCCAUGGUAGUAGUUGUCAUUACGCAGACAAGGAUUAUUAUCAUGGCGAACUGUUCUCAAUAGAGGGCGUAUUUAACUCUCAUCGUGAUGACCAAUGCGUGCAGUGUAGCUGCUCGGAUUCACGUGUAUUUUGUGCAUUGCGUAACUGUCCAGUAGUGAACUGUCCACAAUCUGUAAUACUGCCAGAUUCGUGUUGUCCUGUUUGUCCAGAUAAGACGGAUCGUUGGGAGUAUGACUACUAUGAUACUGACUACAGUGAGGGUGCCACCAAUCAGCAAAAAGCAAGAGAACAUCUAUUUUCUGAUGUGCUGAAAGGAGAAGUGAUACUAUCUGGUCCAAUCAAAGGUAUCGGUGCAGAGGAUGCAGAGGAGGAAGAAGAUCAAAUAGAAGAUAUGACAUCAUGGAAAGAACCUGAAGAGACAUCUGACGGAAGAGAAUGCCUUUCUAAUGGUCAGAUUUAUGAGCAUGGUAAAUCUUGGAAUCCUUAUUUAUUUCCAUUUGGUAAAAUGAACUGUAUUAUAUGCACAUGCAGGAACACAAAAACGAAAUGCGAGAGACUCACCUGCCCUGAAGAUCAUGAACUUGCAUGCGAUAAUCCUGUCAAUAUUCUAGGACAAUGUUGUAAAAGUUGUCCUGGUGACUCUGAUGGUGCCGUGAUGGUUACAGAAGAUGAUACCUGUUUACUGGAUAGAGAAACACUGUUAAUAUACGAGUAUAGACGCAACUCAGCAGAAAAUAUGGAACAUACCGGCAUACAGCAAUAUGCAAUAGAUAACUUAAAAGAAAAGAUUACUGAACUACAUAAAUGGCAAAUAGAAGGAGGUGAAAUGAGAAAUUUUGAAAUACUGAAACUAUCAGUUGAAGAUUUUGUUCAGUUACGAGAACAAGACACCCAAGGAAGAUUUGAACUGACAGGCGCUAGCACAGAACAUCGUUUGAAGAAACUGAAAAAAAAAGAGAAACAGCUGUAUGACAAUUGUAGCGAAGACUGCCAUCGUGAAAUCACAAAAUUAUUGAGGACAUUGAAACCCAGGGAAAUUGAGAAACGGGUCAAUCUAUGCCAGAAUCAGAGAACCUUGAAAGAAGAUGAAAAGAAUAACAGUAGUCCAGAACGCCAUAGAGGGCAGUAGUCCAAAACACCACACAGGGCAACAACAGUCCAGAACACCACAGAGAGUAGCAGUCCAGAACACCACAGAGGGCAGUGUUGCAAGUUAAUAACGUGACAGGAGUUUCUUAAAUUAAGCUCGCACCCAUUUUCAUUAUUUAAACAUUUUAUUACGCACUACUCAAGAAUAGCCAGAAUUGAAGUCAGGGUACUCUCAAGACUACACUUGUAGAUGAGUAGAAUACAGCAUAUCCUCUAUACUACCCUAUGAAUAUAACAAAUAUAUAUACAAAUCACUGUUUUAAUGGCUCAAAUAUGGCACCAUUGAACAGAGAUUAUAAUCAACUUAUCUCGAUUAUCUUUUAUAGGGGGGAAUAGGGCAAAUAUUUUUAUAUAAUGUAAAUAUGAAAAUGAUAUAGUUUUGGAUAUCUUUGAAGUAAUUAUAUUAUUUUUUUCACCAUUCAAUUAAGAAUAUCGCAAUUGUAUAUCAUGUAUGUUCAAAGAUAUAAUAAACUGGUGAAUAAUGUU